CACACACACACACACAUACACACACACACAGCUCUACAACACCAUGGUGGUGCAAGCAGCAGUGGCUCCAAAUAGAUCUCAAAGACUUUUACUGAAAAUACCUUAUGGAUCUCUGAGAAGACGCAGCGUGGAGAGGAUGACGGAGGGCCGACGAUGCCAGGUCCAUCUUCUUGAUGACAGGAAGCUGGAACUCCUAGUACAGCCCAAGCUUCUGGCCAAGGAGCUUCUUGACCUCGUGGCAUCGCACUUCAAUCUGAAAGAAAAGGAGUACUUCGGAAUAGCAUUCACAGAUGAGACGGGACACUUAAACUGGCUUCAGCUAGAUCGAAGAGUAUUGGAACAUGAUUUUCCCAAAAAGUCGGGACCAGUGGUUUUGUACUUCUGCGUCAGGUUCUACAUCGAGAGCAUUUCGUACCUGAAGGAUAACGCCACCAUUGAGCUCUUCUUUCUGAACGCUAAGUCCUGUAUCUACAAGGAGCUCAUCGAUGUUGACAGCGAAGUGGUAUUUGAACUGGCUUCCUAUAUUUUACAGGAGGCAAAAGGAGAUUUUUCUAGCAAUGAAGUUGUGAGGAGUGACUUGAAGAAGCUGCCAGCACUUCCCACCCAGGCCCUGAAGGAGCACCCAUCCCUGGCCUACUGUGAAGACAGAGUCAUCGAGCACUACAAGAAACUGAAUGGUCAGACAAGAGGUCAAGCAAUUGUGAACUACAUGAGCAUUGUGGAGUCUCUCCCGACCUAUGGAGUUCACUAUUAUGCAGUGAAGGACAAACAGGGGAUACCAUGGUGGCUAGGACUGAGCUACAAAGGAAUCUUCCAGUAUGACUACCAUGACAAAGUGAAGCCAAGGAAGAUAUUCCAAUGGAGACAAUUGGAAAACCUGUAUUUCAGAGAAAAGAAGUUUUCUGUGGAAGUGCAUGACCCCCGCAGGGCUUCAGUGACAAGGAGGACGUUCGGGCACAGUGGCAUUGCUGUGCACACAUGGUACGCGUGUCCAGCACUAAUCAAAUCCAUCUGGGCUAUGGCCAUUAGCCAACACCAGUUCUAUCUGGACAGAAAGCAGAGUAAGUCCAAAAUCCACGCAGCACGAAGUCUGAGUGAGAUCGCCAUUGACCUGACCGAGACUGGGACACUGAAGACCUCGAAGCUGGCCAACAUGGGGAGCAAAGGGAAGAUCAUCAGCGGCAGCAGCGGGAGCCUCCUGUCCUCAGGUUCUCAGGAAUCAGAUAGCUCUCAGUCGGCCAAGAAAGACAUGCUGGCUGCCUUGAAAUCCAGGCAGGAAGCGCUAGAAGAAACAUUACGCCAGCGCCUGGAGGAGCUGAAGAAACUCUGUCUCCGAGAAGCCGAGCUCACGGGCAAGCUGCCAGUCGAAUAUCCCCUGGAUCCAGGGGAGGAGCCACCCAUUGUCCGGAGAAGAAUAGGGACAGCCUUCAAGCUGGAUGAACAGAAAAUCUUGCCAAAAGGAGAGGAAGCCGAGCUGGAACGCCUGGAACGAGAGUUUGCCAUUCAGUCCCAGAUCACGGAGGCUGCCCGCCGCCUCGCCAGUGACCCCAACGUCAGCAAAAAACUGAAGAAACAAAGGAAGACCUCAUAUCUGAAUGCACUGAAGAAGCUGCAGGAGAUUGAAAAUGCAAUCAACGAGAACCGCAUCAAGUCGGGGAAGAAACCCACCCAGAGGGCCUCGCUGAUCAUAGACGAUGGAAAUAUUGCCAGCGAAGACAGCUCUCUCUCAGAUGCCCUUGUUCUUGAGGAUGAAGACUCUCAGGUUACCAGCACAAUAUCCCCUCUCCAGUCUCCCCACAAGGGACUCCCACCUCGGCCACCGUCGCACAACAGGCCUCCUCCCCCGCAGUCCCUGGAGGGGCUCAGGCAGAUGCACUAUCACCGCAACGACUAUGACAAGUCCCCCAUAAAGCCCAAAAUGUGGAGCGAGUCCUCUUUAGAUGAGCCUUAUGAGAAGGUCAAGAAACGUUCCACUCACAGUCAUUCCAGUAGCCACAAGCGCUUCCCCAGCACAGGAAGCUGUGCUGAAGCAGGAGGAGGAAGCAACUCCUUGCAGAACAGCCCCAUCCGCGGCCUCCCCCACUGGAACUCCCAGUCCAGCAUGCCGUCCACACCAGACCUACGGGUCCGGAGUCCCCACUACGUUCAUUCCACAAGGUCGGUGGAUAUCAGCCCCACGCGACUGCACAGCCUGGCACUGCACUUUAGGCACCGGAGCUCCAGCCUGGAGUCCCAGGGCAAGCUCCUGGGCUCGGAGAACGACACCGGGAGCCCCGACUUCUACACCCCGAGGACUCGUAGCAGCAACGGCUCGGACCCCAUGGACGACUGCUCGUCGUGCACCAGCCACUCGAGCUCACAGCACUACUACCCGGCUCAGAUGAAAGCCACCACCUCCCCGCUAGCUGGGGGCGCGGGCGGCGCGGGGGGCGCGGGCGGCGGCGUGCACCUGCACAGCCAGAGCCAGCCCAGCUCGCAGUACCGCAUCAAGGAGUACCCGCUGUACAUCGAGGGCAGCGCCACGCCCGUGGUGGUGCGCAGCCUGGAGAGCGACCAGGAGGGUCACUACAGCGUCAAGGCGCAGUUCAAGACCUCCAACUCCUACACGGCGGGCGGCCUGUUCAAGGAGAGCUGGCGCGGCGGCGACGAGGGCGACGCUGGCCGCCUGACUCCGUCGCGCUCGCAGAUCCUGCGGACUCCAUCGCUGGGCCGCGAGGGCGCCCACGACAAGGGCGCGGGCCGCGCCGCGGUGUCGGAUGAGCUGCGCCAGUGGUACCAGCGCUCCACUGCCUCGCACAAGGAGCACAGCCGCCUGUCGCACACCAGCUCCACCUCCUCCGACAGCGGCUCGCAGUACAGCACCUCCUCCCAGAGCACCUUCGUGGCGCACAGCAGGGUCACCAGGAUGCCCCAGAUGUGCAAGGCCACGUCAGCUGCCUUACCUCAAAGCCAGAGAAGCUCAACACCAUCGAGUGAAAUUGGAGCCACCCCCCCAAGCAGUCCCCACCACAUCCUAACCUGGCAGACCGGGAGCUACAAUGAUAGCUGUUUCCUGGAUCCCUCCCUCUAUCCAGAACUAGCUGACGUCCAGUGGUACGGGCAGGAAAAAGUCAAGCCCGGGACCCUCGUGUGAGCCAGCCCGGCCUGAUCUGACCGCCUCCACGCCAUUCUGAGAUCACCUCACUGCCUCUCAUUUGCCUUACCCAGACGCACUGGCACCCUGCACCAGCUUCAGCCCUCAGCACUUUUUUUCUCCUGUCUCCGCAUCCCUUCACCCUCAAAACCCUGACUGAGGAGACAUUCUGGAAGGUUCCGGUCCCACUGUGUGUCCCCUGGCUCUCUUGCCCACAGAGAGCCAGGCGCCAAUCCUCAACGGCACCUCGGUAGCUUCCCCCUGCCAUGACAGCCCUUGGGCCAGGAACUAUCAGGGAAGCCAGCUGGUAUCGAAUUCCUGCGGACAAGUUAACGUUGGUGGAAAACAGCAAAGGGGACUUAAGUUCAGGGUGAUCCAGAAAGACUAUGGAGCUGCGUCCAGCCUGCACCCUGUAGGCCAACCGAGCACUCCACAAAGAGGACGCCUCAUGGGAAUAUUCAGUUUGCCCCUGAAAUAUUCUGUAAUGAGACAGCUUGGGGGAGGAGGGUAGCUGUGGGGGGAAGGAGAGGUUGAAAAUGGAAGCCUAACACUUCAGAGUUGCAUCAGAGGAUCACAAUCAGUUCUAUGCUGCCAAAGAUUAAAUAAAAGAACAAGAUUAAAAAAAAUAAUAAGAGGGGCCAAGAGGAAGACAUUCUUUCUGCAAUGAAAUUUCUUUGACAUUCCCAAACUGCUACUACUACACACCACAAGAAAAAGUCUAACAUUUGUAAACUGGGUCCUCUCUUCAUCUCUCUCCCUUCACGGUCCACUUCUCUCUCAGUAGAGAGCCUGAAAAACUCGCCCGAUGUGAUAAGGAAGACGGAGUCGUGGCUCCGAAUCUCCAUCAGUCUGGACUCUCAGACCCACGGGGAAUAGCAGAGUGUAUGAUUCGCCCUGGUCCACGCAGGUGCUUCGGCCUGAGCCCAGACACAAAGCUGCUUUCCUUGGGGGAUUUGUAGUAAACAGAAGGUGAUCCUUGCCAAAAGUGGUUCUCUUGCAUUAAAAUCCCAGUAAACGUGUAUCCUUUUUUUUUUUUUUUUGCACAAGGCGUUUCAUUUUCUUUUUUAUGGGAAACCAAGGGAAAAAGCACAUUGCGAUCCAUUCAAGUGUUUACCCGUUGUGGCUCAUUUUAUGUUUGUUAGCACUUGUGUGUCAAAGAGCUCAGAUCCGACUUCGAUGUGUCUCUUACUCAAAAAACCCAACUAUGCCCGUAGGUAGAAAGAUCUGACUCACGUGUCUACUAGCUGCAGGCAGAGCAGGGUUGCCAACAUAUCAGCUCCCGAAGGGCCCACGUACCUGCAACAUGAUCUGUUCCCUCGAUGCACCAGAUUCGUCUGCAGAUACCAAAAGAGGAAGAAAGGAGGAAGAAAACAGUGACAUGUGUGGGAGCUGCACGUUUACAUGUGUUUUGAGCUAUGCUUAAUACACAACUGGAAAGCCAUCAAUCUUCAAAGGCCUCAAAAACACUUUUAUAAUAACUGACAAGUGCACAAUAUUAGUUGGGUGAUUCAAGAUGGCACAAAAAGGUCUCCACAGAGGUGGUAUGCUGUGCUUGUUGGCGCAAGUGGGGGUGGGGGGAGGAUUUUUUUUCUCACUUGUAAUGACUUCCUAUUGGAAAGGCAUUCAACAGCCAGGGACAGGAGCCGGGGUGGGAGUAGUUUUGGGGAAAAGCAGAACUGAAGUUAGCUUUAGUGCAAAAAGAAAAAAAAAAAAUCUUUGUUUUUCAUGUAUGUGUAAUCCAAGAAUAACAAUAGACGCUACCAGACCAGGAGGGUAGGAAUGGACGUGAAAAUGAAAUCGAUAACCCCAGGGCCCCUCUGCUGCAGCUGAGAGCACUUGGACCAGGGUGGGACCAGACAAGGACAAGGUGGGCCACAACCCCCUCUGUCCCUUCCCUGUCAACAAUUCAGGGCCUGGUUUCCCCAGCUCUGUGCUCGGGUGGGUUGGUGAGUCCAGCUUGCAGAGGGGUUAACAUUUCCAGAACGUUUUAGGGGUAAACCUUGCAGGAUAAGCUGAAACUGGUUCAAUGUUACUAAUAAACGAUUCUGGGAUUGA